CGGGAGGAGCGGGAGGAGUGGGAGGAAGGGUGAGAAAAGGAGCGGGAAAAGGAGGAGUGGGAGGCGGAGCGGGAGGAGGAGCGGGAGGAGGAGCGGGAGAAGGAGCGGGAGGGGAAACGGGAAGGGGCGGAGGAGCCGAGGGAGGAGGAGCGGGGGAAGGAGGAGCGGGAGGGGAAAUGGGGAGGGGGUUAGGAGGGAGAGAAGGACCACGUGAGGAAACGGGAAGGGGCGGAGGAGGCGGGAGGAGGGGUAAAAAGACCGGGAGGAGGAGCGGGAGGGGGUUCACCAACACGCAUGAGGCGCAUGAGCGGGAGGAGAUAUAUGUGGAGGAGGAAAAUCGGGAGGAGCGCGAGGAGCGCGAGGAGGAGCGCGAGGAGGAGCGCGAGAAGGAGCGGGAGGAGGAACCGGGGAAAGAGAGAAGGAGCCGGAGCGGGACUGUGGCGGGAUCUUUGUCACAUUGUUUGGCGGAGCAGGAGCGGGAGGGGGAGGAGGAGGAGGAGGAGGAGCGGGAGGAGGAGCGGGAGAAGGAGCGGGAGCGGGGCUAUGGCGGGAUAUUUGUCACAUUGUUUGGAGGAGGAGGAGAGGCAGGAGGAGUGGGAGGAUUGGGAGAAGGGACAGGAGGAGGAGUGGGAGAAGGAGCGGGAGCAUUGCAAGGGGAAACGGAAAGGGGUGGAGGAGGUGUGGGUGGAGGAGCGGGAGGAGGAGUGGGAGGAGCGGCAGGGAAAACGGUGAGGCGGUUAGUAGCGGGACGAGCGCAAGGGGAAAUGGGAACGAGCAAGGGAAGCGCCAGAGGAGGAGCGGGAGAAGGAACGUAAGAGUUCAAAGAGGGGGGGGGGAAGGGAAGGUGGACAUUGAUUGAUUGAUUGAUUGAUUGAUCGAUCCAAAAAAAAAAAAAAAGAUCUCCCCGGUCUCCUUCUUUGUUUUUGUUUUUCAAUCAAUCAAGUCAACCACG